CUCAGUCAUGCGGUUUUGACCAAUGAAGAUGCCGGGUGUUUGGGCGUGUCUUGUGCUGAUGUGACACUGCUUCCAUCUGUAUGUCACGCGUUCAUUCGGGGUCUGCCAAUUGGAGAGAGAGGUGGUUCCCAUUCAACUCCCUGGAAAGAUAUCUUCACAAGCGGGAACUGCUCUGAUAUCUGACGGGGGAACUUUCUUUGCACGCCGUGGGUGGAUUUCGUCACCGUUCCACCAUGGAGCGAACACUGAUUACAGUAGUAAUCUCCAUGGUUCUCGUGGCACAUCAGACUCUGGCUCAAGAGUGUGCCACGAAUUUGUGCCAAAAUGGAGAAAAAUGCUUCACCCGAAAUAGCGCCGAGGGCUACGUCUGUGAGUGCAACCUUCCCUUCAGAGACAACUACAAUUGUGCCACGGGUCCAGACAACCAAGAGGUUUUCACCUGUUACGGCCCUACCUGUACCUCAGGGCUCUUUCAGAGCUUGAAUUACCCCCAGGCCUACCCGAACCGCUACCGGGCUCUCUACUUGCUCUACAUCCCCGGCGCCAACGGGAUCUCGUUCACCUUUGACGAGGUCUUCGGGAUCGAGACCGACAAAGACGAGCUGUACGUGGGCAGAGGCCUCUCAGUCGACUUCUCCGCGCUGAACAGCAUUGACACGGCCGACGUGCGUUUCUUUGAGGGCUUCGCCACACCAGACGGUUUCACCAUCGAUAAUACGGACGCCGUUUGGAUGUACUUCAUCACAGAUAAGAAUUUGGAGUUUAGCGGCUUCUCCAUUAGAUAUCAAAUGGUGGACAAUGACGUGCCGGUCAUCAGCAACUGUCCCAACAACCAGGCAGUGACGACCACCAGUUUGGCCGGAGCCCAGGUCUUCUGGAAUGCACCUACUGCCACCGAUGCCUCGCAGGUGGCCACUUCGUCCACUCACAACCCUGGAGACGUGUUCCCGAUCACGACGACCCAAGUCACGUACACCUUCACCGAUGAAUUUGGCAACUUUGCCCAGUGUAGCUUCAGCGUGACAGUGCAGUUUUCGGAUAACACACCCCCGGUUGUCUCUGGAUGCCCGAGCAGCUUCUCCGUGACGACGUCCUCUACGGCUGGAGGUCAGGCCUUCUGGACGGCCCCAACCGCGACGGAUAUCUCCCAAGUCUCUACGACGUCCACUCAUUCUCCCGGUGCCACGUUCCCAGUCGGUACCACUACCGUCACCUACACCUUCACUGACGCUUCGGGAAAUGUUAAUCGCUGCAUAUUUGAUGUGACGAUCCAGUUUGUUGACAACACUGUGCCGACGAUCACCAACUGCCCCCAGUCCUUCACUAGGACGGCACCCUUUGGCUCAACGUCCAUUCCCGUCACCUGGACUGAACCAACGGCCACCGAUAAUGUUGGGACGCCGACCCUCACCAUACGCAAUCCGGCACCGGGCAGUUCGUUCAACGUUGGACAAACGACCACCGUCCUGUACAGAUGGACUGACGCUAACGGCAACUUUGCAGAGUGCACGUUUGACGUCACUGUUAUUGCGCUCAGUGACAACACUCUCCCCGUUGUGACUUUCUGCCCCGACGACAUUACAAGGUUUGUGCCAUUCCAGAGCACCGGUGUCACGGUCACCUGGAAUGAGCCAACGGCGACAGAUAACUCCGGGUCAGUUACGACGACUCAAACGCACAUUUCGGGUGCCUUCUUUCAAACGGGUUCCAGCACGGUCGUCAUGUACACGUUUAGGGACGCCAGCGGCAACGAGGCAAUGUGCGAGUUCAACGUUCGCAUCUUCCAGCAGAGUGAUACUGUGCCGCCAGUGAUCGUCUCAUGCCCAGAAAACCAGGCGAUUAGUGUUGCAUUUGGUAGCGCCGGCUCGUCCGUGUUCUGGAACGAACCAGUGGUGACAGACAACUCCGGAUCCUUUUCUUUAACGCAGACUCACACAUCCGGUGAUUUUUUCAAUGUAAAUACGCAGACUGAUGUCUUGUACGUUUUCACCGAUGCUGCGGGCAAUGAAAAUCGGUGUUCAUUCACCGUGACGGUGACAUCACAAGGUGAUACUUCUCCACCUGUGAUUACCUCUUGUCCGUCGGACCAGACCCAGUUUGUGCCGUUCCUCACCAGCGGCACCACCGUCAGUUGGUCUGAGCCAGUCGUGUCGGACAACUCGGGCAAUUUUGAAACCAUCCAAACUCGUGCCUCGGGAUCGUUCUUCACGGUUGGCGACACUCCGGUCACUUACACAUUCCGGGAUGCGGCCAACCUCGAAGCCACGUGCACAUUCACUGUCAGGGUCAUUCAACUUGGUGACUCUGAGCGCCCAGUUGUCUCGGUCUGUCCCGCAAACCAAGCCAUCACUGUGCCCUUCCAAAGCGCUGGGAACAUCGUGACUUGGACCGAGCCCACAGUCACCGACAACUCCGGGGCCUUCAAUACGCAACAGACGCAUAAUUCCGGUGACUUCUUUAACGCCAACACGCAGACCGACGUCAGGUACACAUUCACGGAUGCAGCCGGCAACGAGGCCACCUGUACUUUCACGGUGACCGUUAUUCAACAAGGUGAUAACGAACGCCCUGUUGUGACCUCCUGUCCCCAAGACAUCACCCAGUUUGUUCCCUUUCUGAGCACCGGUACCACGGUAACGUGGACCGAGCCAAUCGUUUCAGACAACUCCGGCGCUUUUGACACCAUUCAGACGCGCGCCUCGGGAUCAUUCUUCCCAGUUGGCGAGGAAACGGUCACCUACACGUUCCGUGACGCAGCUAACAAUGAAAACGAGUGUAUGUUUGUCGUGAGAGUCAUUCAGCAAGGGGAUAACGAAGUACCAAUGGUCACUGUUUGCCCGCAAAACAUCGCCAUGUCUGUCCCCUUCCUGAGCACCGGAACGAUAGUCUCUUGGAAUGAGCCCACAGUCACCGACAACUCCGGAGCCUUCACGACGCAACAGACGCACAGUUCUGGAGAGUUCUUUGCUACCAACACACAGACCCAGGUUCAGUACACAUUCAGAGAUGCUGCUGGCAACGAGGCCUUCUGUUUGUUCACUGUGACUAUAACAUCACAAGGUGAUACUUCUCCACCUGUGAUUACCUCCUGUCCGUCGGACCAGACCCAGUUUGUGCCGUUCCUCACCAGCGGCACCACAGUCAGUUGGACUGAGCCGGUCGUGUCGGACAACUCGGGCAAUUUUGAAACCAUCCAAACCCGUGCCUCGGGAUCGUUCUUCACGGUUGGAGACACGCCGGUCACUUACACAUUCCGGGAUGCGGCCAACCUCGAAGCCACGUGUACAUUCACUGUCAGGGUCAUUCAGCUCGUCGACACCGAGCGCCCAGUUGUCUCGGUCUGUCCCGCAAACCAAGCCAUCACUGUGCCGUUCCAGAGCGCUGGAAACGUUGUGACUUGGACCGAGCCCACAGUCACCGACAACUCUGGAGCUUUCAAUACGCAACAGACGCAUAAUUCCGGUGACUUCUUUAACGCCAACACGCAGACCGAAGUUAGAUACACAUUCACGGAUGCAGCCAGCAAUGAGGCCAUCUGUACGUUCACCAUAACUGUAAUUGAACAAGGUGAUAACCAACGCCCUGUUGUGACCUCCUGUCCCCAAGACAUCACCCAGUUUGUUCCCUUUCUGAGCACCGGUACCACAGUAACGUGGACCGAGCCAAUCGUUUCAGACAACUCCGGCGCUUUUGACACCAUUCAGACACGCGCCUCGGGAUCAUUCUUCCCAGUUGGCGAGGAAACAGUCAUCUACACAUUCCGUGACGCAGCAAACAACGAAAAUGAGUGUUCGUUUGUCGUGAGAGUCAUUCAGCAAGGCGAUAACGAAGUACCAAUGGUCACUGUUUGCCCGCAAAACAUCGCCAUGUCUGUCCCCUUCCUGAGCACCGGAACGAUAGUCUCUUGGAACGAGCCCACAGUCACUGACAACUCCGGAGCCUUCACGACGCAACAGACGCACAGUUCUGGAGAGUUCUUUGCUACCAACACACAGACCCAGGUUCAGUACACAUUCAGGGAUGUUGCUGGCAACGAGGCCUUCUGUUUGUUCACUGUGACUAUAACAUCACAAGGUGAUACUUCUCGACCCGUGAUAACUUCCUGUCCGUCGGACCAGACCCAGUUUGUGCCGUUCCUCACCGGCGGCACCACCGUCAGUUGGACCGAACCGGUCGUGUCGGACAACUCGGGCAAUUUUGAAACCAUCCAAACCCGUGCCUCGGGAUCAUUCUUCACGGUUGGCGACACUCCAGUCACUUACACAUUCCGGGAUGCGGCCAACAACGAAGCCACUUGUUCAUUCACUGUCAGGGUCAUUCAGCUUGGCGACAGCGAGCGACCAGUUAUCGUGGUCUGUCCCCCAAAUGAGGCCAUCACUGUGCCAUUCCAGAGCGCUGGAAACGUUGUGACUUGGACCGAGCCCACAGUCACCGAUAACUCUGGAGCCUUCACUACGCAACAGACGCAUAAUUCCGGUGACUUCUUUAACGCCAACACGCAGACCGAAGUUAGGUACACCUUCACGGAUGCCGCCGGUAACGAGGCCGUCUGUAUGUUCACCAUUACCGUAAUUGAACAAGGUGAUAACCAACGCCCUGUUGUGACCUCCUGUCCCCAAGACAUCACCCAGUUUGUUCCCUUUCUGAGCACUGGUACCACAGUAACGUGGACCGAGCCAAUCGUUUCAGACAACUCCGGCGCUUUUGACACCAUUCAGACGCGCGCCUCGGGAUCAUUCUUCCCAGUUGGCGAGGAAACGGUCACCUACACGUUCCGUGACGCAGCUAACAACGAAGAAGAGUGUACAUUUGUCGUGAGAGUCAUUCAGCAAGGGGAUACUGACCGACCCGUUGUCAGCGUCUGCCCAGAGAACAGGGCCCUGGAGGUUCCCUUUCAAAGCACCGGAACCGCGGUAUCAUGGAACGAGCCCACAGUCACCGACAACUCUGGAGCCUUCACGACGACGCAGACGCACAAUUCUGGAGACUUCUUUAACGUCAACAUGCAGACCCAGGUUCAGUACACAUUCACCGACGCUGCCGGCAACUUUGCCGUCUGUGUGUUCACCAUUACAGUGACACAGCUAGGUGAUUCUGUCCCCCCUACGAUAACUUCCUGUCCGUCGGACCAGACCCAGUUUGUGCCGUUCCUCACCAGCGGCACCACCGUCAGUUGGUCCGAGCCGGUCGUGUCGGACAACUCGGGCAAUUUUGAAACCAUCCAAACUCGCGCCUCGGGAUCGUUCUUCACGGUUGGCGACACUCCGGUCACUUACACAUUCCGGGAUGCGGCCAACCUCGAAGCCACGUGCACAUUCAUUGUCAGGGUCAUUCAGCUUGGUGAUAAUGAAUCGCCAAUGACGGUGGUUUGUCCGGAGAGCAUGUCAAUCACUGUGCCAUUCCAGAGCGCUGGAAACGUUGUGACUUGGAUCGAGCCCACAGUCACCGACAACUCUGGAGCCUUCACGACAGAACAGACGCAUAAUUCUGGUGACUUCUUUAACGCCAACACACAGACCCAGGUUCAGUACACAUUCAGGGAUGCUGCUGGCAAUGAGGCCUUCUGUAUAUUCACUGUGACUGUUAUUGAACAAGGUGAUAAUAUUCCACCCGUUGUGGCCGUCUGUCCUAAUGACAUAACCGAGUUUGUUCCCUUCCUGAGCACCGGCACCACGGUAACGUGGACCGAGCCAACUGUUACCGACAACUCCGGCGCUUUUGACACCAUUCAGACGCGCGCCUCGGGAUCAUUCUUCGUAGUUGGCGAGGAAACAGUCACCUACACGUUCCGUGACGCAGCUAACAACGAAAAUGAGUGUAUGUUUGUCGUGAGAGUCAUUCAGAUAGGAGACUCAAUCCCCCCUGAAGUCACCAGUUGUCCAGACAGCAUGGCCGUGAGCGUUCCCUUCCAGAGCACCGGUACUGCCAUCACCUGGACCGAGCCAAUCGCGGUUGACAACUCCGGAGCCUUCACGACAACCCAGACGCACAAUUCUGGAGACUUCUUUGGCGCCAACACUCAGACUGAGGUUCGCUACACGUUCAGGGAUGCGGCCGGGAACGAGAAUUUCUGUGUGUUCACUGUGACUGUGACGGAGCUAGGGGACACAACCCGUCCUGUUGUGACCCAAUGCCCAACGGACAUCACCGAAUUUGUUCCCUUCCUGACGAGUGGCACGGUCGUCACUUGGAACGAGCCUAUUGUCUCCGACAACUCCGGUAAUGUUGGUACGACCCAGAACCGCGCCUCCGGUUCCUUUUUUGCAACCGGAAUCGAAACCGUGGUGAUGUACACGUUCACUGACGCAGCUGGAAACGAGGCUAUCUGUUCAUUUAUCGUCAGGGUGAUUGAACUUGGUGAUAAUGUGGAUCCAGUGGUCGUCUCUUGCCCACCGGCCAUUUCCAUCAAUGUGCCCUUCCAGACCCCAGGAGCCACUGCAACUUGGGAAGAGCCGGUUGUCACCGACAACUCCGGCGCCUUCACGCCCACCCAGACGCACACCUCUGGAGACUUCUUUAACGCCAACUCGCAGACCCAAGUGACCUAUUCCUUCACCGACGCAGCUGGCAACCAGGCCUUGUGCAUGUUCACUGUGACUGUGACAGAACUAGCUGACGACGUGCCACCUGAGGUCAGAUGCCCACCCAGCAUCAACGAAAUUGUUCAGUUUGGCGCCGGUGGAGCCGUCAUCACCUGGGCGCUCCCGACGGUCACGGACAACUCGGGGGCCUUCAGUCUAGUCGAGACUACCAACAAUCCCAACACCUUCCUGCCGACUGGGCAGACCACUGUAACCUACCGAUACAGGGACGCCGCCGGAAACGAGAACACUUGCAGUUUCCUCGUCAAUAUUGUGGAAGUCGACACCAUCCCCCCAGUCCUUCAGACCUGCCCGAGCAACAUCGUCGAUCAGGUCCAAUUUGGGUUCAGCGGCAAGACCGUGACGUGGAACGAGCCCACCGCCGUCGACAACACGGGACAGCAGGUCAUCAUCUCCCAGAGAAACUUCCAGCCUGGGGAUUUUUUCCCCGUCGGCGAAACGACCGUCAUGUACACUCUGAUGGACCCGUCUGGAAACGAAGUGAGGUGCCUGUUCACUGUCACAAUUAUUGCCGUGGAUACCGUUGAUCCUGUGGUCGUGAACUGCCCUGCAGGCAUCACCCGAACCAUCCUGACGGGAACCGGGCCGAUUGCCGUCCAGUUUACCGAGCCGGUAGCGACGGACAACACAGGCGUUGUCAACUUGGUCUUUAACUCCCACAACUCCGGGGAUCUCUUUUCAGCUGGCGAAACCGGAGUCACUUUCCGUUUCGAGGACGAGGCCGGCAACUUCGCCAAUUGCAUAUUCACGGUCAUCGUCAAUGAAGCCAAUCCCUGUCUGUCCCAGCCCUGUUUGAAUGGUGGAGCAUGUAUCGCAGAAACACUGACGUCCUACCGUUGCUUGUGUACCGAAUGUUUCUCCGGCGAUCGUUGCGAACAAUCUGUGAAUGCCUGUGAUGGCAACACUUGCCAGAAUGGUGCGGUCUGUGGGGCACUGUCGGGCUCCUGUACUCAGUAUGACUGCCUGUGCUCGACCUGCUUCACUGGACAAUUCUGCGAACGCAAUGUGGACAGCUGUGAGAACAACCAAUGUGCCAAUGGCGCGGUCUGCGUGAGCAGCGAUAACUGCGUUGAGUAUACCUGCCAGUGCCCGCCGUGCUUUGCUGGACGUUUCUGCGACAUCCCAAUUUCUGCGUGUGCCACUCACAACUGCGGGAACGGAGGAGUCUGCGUCCCAGCCUCCAAUCCUAACAACAUCUACGCCUGCUCUGAGUACACGUGUUCCUGCACCGGCUGCUUUAGCGGUGAAAGAUGCGAAGUCCAGCGUGACGCUUGCAAUCCCAACCCUUGUCUCAAUGGUGCUGAUUGCUCUGUCCUGUCCGACAAUUGCUACUCCUACACUUGCCAGUGCAACGGCUGCUUUAGUGGCUACAACUGUGAAAUCCCGAUCAGCUCACCGUGUGAGCAGAACCCUUGUCAGAAUGGUGGAGUCUGCAGCGUCAUUCAGGGCACGUGCUCGUCGUACGCCUGCUCAUGCCCCAACACUCACAUUGGUGUCAACUGCGAAAUCCCUGUGAUUGUUAAUCCCAACCCUUGUAACAGCUUCCCAUGUCUGAACGGCGCUAGCUGUCUCACAAUGGAUUCAACCAACUACAUUUGCCUCUGCGCUCCUAGCUACGUCGGUCAGAACUGCCAGUCUACGAGAGUCGGUGUGCCAUCCUUGGAUAGGUGCACUGAUAACCCCUGUCAGAACGGUGCUACCUGUUACAACAGUUACAACAGCAACUCGGCAAACAUCCUGGUCUCGCAGUACAGCUGCAAGUGUGCUAACGGCUUCACCGGAGCCAACUGUGCCAUCACCACCGAGCAGGAUGUCGUGGGUCCCAGUCCCAUCCUUGAAGCGAUUUUAUCCAACCUUCAAACGGGAGUUGACAAUCCUUCGUUGGAUAUCUGCUCGCUGCCAGACAGGCCCCCUUGUGAGCAAGGAGCUUCCUGUUCCAACGCCUUCCACAGCUACGACAACGACGUCGAUUACAUCUGCAACUGCCCGAUCGGAUUCAUCGGACACAACUGCGAGACAGUCAGCACUAAUCCAUGUAACAGUAACCCAUGCAGGAAUGGCGCCCAGUGCCAACCAUUCAACACUUACUACGUGUGCCAGUGCACUACUGGUUACGCAGGCUCGACUUGUGAAAUCCCAGUUGGAGACAACAUCGACCCCGUCAUCGAUAACUGCCCCGACUCCGUCACGCGAAACAUCGCAUUAGGCAGCAGCAGCGUGGUCACCUGGACGACCCCCACGGCCACCGACAACUCCGGCACGGCGUUCCUGAUCUUCAGCUCUCACAACUCCGGAUUCAACUUCCCCGCCGGCACGACGCCCGUCACCUACGUGUUUUCCGACAGCAGCAUGAACUAUGCCACCUGCACAUUCUUCGUCACGGUUACCAAUACCGUUGUCGACAACACUAUACCGGUCAUCAGCAACUGCCCCGCAAACCGGGCCGUUACGGCCGCCCCUGGUGCCACCAGUGCCGUGGUCAGCUGGACUGAGCCGACUGCAACGGAUAACUCCGGCCUAGCGGUCAACCGUGUGUCCACAGCGCCACCCGGCAGUUCCUUCAACCUCGGCUCCACAGCGGUUAUUUACACGUUCACCGACAACUCUGGAAACGAGGCCAGGUGCACAUUCACCGUAACAGUGAACCCAGGUACCAUCGUUGACAACAUUGAUCCGGUCAUCAGCAACUGCCCCGCAAACCGGGCCGUUACGGCCACCCCUGGCGCCACCAGUGCUGUGGUCAGCUGGACCGAGCCAACAGCUACCGAUAACUCUGGCCUAGCAGUCAACCGUGUGACCACUAAUCCAUCCGGCAGUUCCUUCAACCUCGGCACCACAGCGGUCACUUACACGUUCACCGACAACUCUGGAAACGAGGCCAGAUGCACAUUCACCGUAACAGUCAACAGUGGUACAGUCACAGACAACACACCGCCAUUCAUUUCCAACUGCCCGAUGACUGCUGCGGGCUCGCUGGCCCAGGGCGCGACAACCGUCACGGUGACGUGGACCGUCCCGACCGCCACGGAUAACUCCGGCGGCACCGUGAGCAGAACAUCCACCCACAAUUCUGGGGACUUGUUCACCGUUGGCAACACCCAAGUCAGAUACACGUUCACCGAUCCCUCUGGCAAUGAGGCUCGCUGCGAGUUUGUCGUCAUGGUCUCACCCUUCAGCGGCACUGACAUGCAAGCCCCCGUCAUCUCUGGUUGCCCCGCGCCCCAGACAGUAGCACCCGACGCUUCCUCCAAUGUGGCCACUGUGACCUGGAUUGAGCCCACCGCGGUGGACAACAGCGGCGAGGUACCCAAUGUCGCCAAGUCGCACACCCCGCCGGCCACUUUCCCGGCCAACACCGUCACCCGGGUCUCCUACAUUUUCUACGACAACUUUGGCAACUUUGACAAUUGCGACUUCCUGAUUACAGUAACAUCAAGCGACCCAGGCACUGACAGAACCCAGCCCGUCAUCAGCGGUUGUCCUGCUGGCGCCUCGGCAGUCGGGACCAACAAUGCCGUGGUGACGUGGGUAGAGCCCACGGCGACAGACAAUGACGGACAGCCCGUCAACGUCGUCCGGAGUCACUCACCAAACACCGUCUUCAAUCUCGGGUCCACCACCGUCACCUACACCUUCACCGAUACAACGGGCAACCAAGCCAUCUGUGCCUUUGUUGUGACAGUGACAGGUACAGUGGACAACAUUCAACCGGUCAUCAGCAACUGCCCAAGCAACAGAGCCGUGACAGCAGCCGUGGGCGCAACCAGUGCUGUGGUCAGCUGGACCGAGCCAACGGCUACCGAUAACUCCGGCCUAGCGGUCAACCGUGUGACUACUAAUCAACCCGGCAGUUCCUUCAACCUCGGCACCACAACGGUCACUUACACGUUCACCGACAACUCUGGAAACGAGGCCAGAUGCGCGUUCACUGUAACAGUGAACCAAGGUACAGUCACAGACAACACACCCCCGGCCAUUUCCAACUGCCCCACGGGUGCUUCGGCCACGCUGGCCCAGGGUGCCACAACGGUUGCGGUGACGUGGACCGUCCCGACCGCCACGGACAACUCCGGCGGCACCGUGAGCAGAACGUCCACCCACAAUUCUGGUGACUCGUUCGCCUUUGGUAACACUCCUGUCACGUACACAUUCACCGACCCCUUCGGCAACGAAGCGCGGUGCGAAUUUGUCGUCAAAGUCUCGAGUCCAACUGCAACGGACAAUGUAGCCCCAGUGAUCUCGGGAUGUCCUACGUCCAGGACAGUGGCGCCCGAUGCCGGACAGACCACCGCCACCGUUUCAUGGGUGGAGCCCACUGCGACAGACAACAGCGGUCUGGUACCAGGCAUCAGUCGGUCCCACACACCCCCGGCUACUUUCAAUGUCAACACCGUCACAAAUGUCGUCUACACCUUCUUUGAUAAUUCGGGCAACUUUGACCAGUGCCGUUUCACCAUCACUGUCACAGCAAGCACAACUGGCGAUCAAACCCCGCCCGUAAUCAGCGGCUGUCCGAAUGGCGUCGUGGCACAAGGACCAAACAACGCCGUGGUAUCGUGGGUUGAGCCAACGGCAACGGACAACGACGGACAGCCCGUCAACGUCGUCCGGAGUCACACACCAAACACCGUCUUCAACGCUGGCUCCACGACCGUCACUUACACGUUCACCGAUACAUCUGGCAAUGACGCAAUGUGCUCUUUCCUUGUGACAGUUUCAGGCGACCAAACUGCACCAGUUAUCUCGGGCUGCCCCAGCAACCAAGUAACUACGGCAGCCACUGAUGCCACCAGUGCCGUGGUCAGCUGGACCGAGCCGACGGCUACCGAUAACUCCGGCCUAGCGGUCAACCGUGUGACCACUGCGCAGCCCGGCAGUUCCUUCAACCUCGGCUCCACAACGGUCACUUACACGUUCACCGACAACUCUGGAAACGAGGCCAGAUGCACAUUCACCGUAACAGUCAAUGCUGCAACUGCAAACCCAUGUAACAGCAAUCCAUGCCCUGAUACCCAGAGCUGUUACUAUCGUGACAACGAGUACUUGUGCCUGGGCGACGCACGACGAAGGCGUGACGUUGAAGAAAUCGCAGCGGUCCCCACAGUUGAUUGCAAGUGCGAGAACGGCGGCGUUUGCGUUGGCGACAAGGAAAGUGGCAUGACCUGCGCUUGCCCGGAGGGUUACCAGGGAAUGCUCUGCGAACAAGCUUUGACAAUCAAAGGAGUGUGCGAGCCCAACCCUUGCGCUAACAACGGCACCUGCGUGGAGUCCUUGACGGCAACAAACCAGCUCACCUACCAGUGCGUCUGCAACCCCGGCUGGGAAGGCUACCACUGCAAGAGAGCCAAAUCUAUGUCAGAUCCCGGGCAUGACCUGGCCCCCCGUCCUGAGUGGACCUCACCGAUGCAGCUGAUCGUAGGAGGCUCCAUGGCCAUCUUGGGAACCAUCGUCAUCAUUCUGGCUGCUACCAUCUGCCGCCUGGCCCCCCGCCGCUUCACCGGUAACCAAAAGUUCCGCAUAGACGAGGCGACACUUGUGCAGUAAAACCACCCAAUUUGUGUUUUGAAAAGGGUCCCUGCUGUCCAAGUUGCGGCUUCCAGCCAUGAAUAAACUUAACAACAUAUUUUUUUAAAUUUUUAAUCCUUCUAUAAUAUUUUUUUUAUUAAUAGUGUUAUAAAAUUGUGUAGUUUUUAGCCUCUAAAUCUCUUAAUGCAGCUUUUAUUUGUAUAUUUUAGAACAGUUUUUACAAAGUUUCUGUGAAAUAUGUGAUUAUCCGAAGGAGAAUUUUCAGGAAGAGGAUUAAGCCAUGUCUAAGGCUGUGCCCAAAUUACUUGGCUAUGGCUUGAUAUUACACACGAGUCUAUGGGAAGCGGCUGUAGCCGCUACCAUAGUGUGUGUGCAAUUUUAAGCCAUAGCCAAGUAAGUAGGAUGCGGCUGCAGCUGCGGCUUUCAACUACACAUGUGCUAAUGGAAGCGGCUGAAAGCCCUUCCCAUAGACACUUGGUUACUGUUAGCCAUAGCCUCAUUAUUCCCAUGUAGCCUGUAUCUUUAAUUUCAGCCCUGUAUUCACUUAAGUGUUUUUUUUGUAUUUAACCAUAAAGUGUAGUUUUUAAUCAAGUCCUUUAUGCACAUCUAAAGUUGGGAAACAUGUAACACUAAAUGCUUCAGAGAAAUUUGACGCAUAUUUUGGGUUUAUCCCGUUAGCCUAUUUGGAUGCAUUGCAAUAUGGCAGCAUGCUGGUCAUCUAUGCAAUAGAUUCUUAUCCUAAAAAAAAGGUGGCAGUAAUUUGUAUUAAUUAAUCAAAGUUUGAUUUUGAUUGUAAUCAGUUAAAAGUCUGUAUUUUUAAUCUGGAUAUCAUUGCAAAACCAAACAUGAGGUGUAGCUCAGUUGCUAGAUACUACACAUAAGCAGAUAAUUUGUUAAAUGGAAAAAGACUAAUUGUUUAGACCUGCAAAUGGAUCAGACGCAAUUACAAUCUGCUAACUAAUAAAGUUGAUCAGAAAUCAAUCAGAAUUCAGACCCAAGAAGCCUGCUUUAUAUCGCAUGGUCAUUUUUUAAUAAAAUUAUGUAAGAACUAUUAUGACAUUUUCUAUAUAAAAGUAGUUUUGAGAUUAAAAAAAAAUAUCAAUUGUAUGAAUUUCAAUCAAAUUUAAGUUUGUGAGGUCUAUAUUUCAAGUUAGCCAUCUGUAAAAUUAUGUGUAGAUUUAGAUAUGAUUGAGGAGACAAUUUGUAAACAGCUUUUGUACCGAAUGAAAUCGGUCUGGCGUGGAAAUCAAUAAAACAACCGACACCCCAAAUUGUGUCUGAUGUCCAUAAAA